UAUCAAUCGCAAGACAACUCCUCCCAUUCCAUCACAAAGUCUCUCUCAGUAUGCGCUCUCCAGACAUCACUUACCUUGCCCUUAUGCUAUUGCAAGCUGUUACAGUGGCCGGUGACUUCCCACAAUGCGACGGGGUUACUGGUGCAUAUUUCUUCCUCACUACGCAGUGGACAAAUCUGUUUGGAUUCUAUGGAAAACACUGUACGGACCAGUGUAAGACCUUGUUUGAGAAGGGCCUGCAAAGCGCUGGAAUUCCUCAAAACAAGGUUUCUUUUUGCCAGGAGAACAAGUCGAAGGCAGUGGUCAGAGUCACCUGGAAUUUUAUCAAGAACGGCCAGGCCAGGGACAGGAAGGGCGUGGACGUUUGUGUGUGUGACUACGAGAUUUCGCUCAAGCAAUUGGCUCCCCCUGAGAAGUGUGACCGCUCGAAGAUAAAGCAGUUAUUGAGCGACCAUAUGGAACAUGCCUCAGAUGAUGAGACUGUUGGAGAGUGCCAACCUAAGGAAUUGGGCAAAACUAAUGGUCGCCAGUUUCUCCUUUACUAUUCUGGCUGGUAAAAGAAAGAAGUCUUCAUAUUGAGACUCAUUUCGUCUGCACCUUCCAACUUCCAACAGCAUCUUUACGACACAGAAAGCUUAUCCUUGUCGAUCUACCUCUUGAGCUUCCACUUUGGAGAACUACAGCAAUCCACGACAUUGAGUAGCUCCCAUUUGCAAUCAUUUUCUCAUCGAUCGACUGCAGCCUCACGGUCGUGGUCAUCUAGACUAUCAUAUCAAUCUAUCUCUUCUUCAA